AUGUAUUCUGUUUCUGUCUCCCUUUUUUUAUUGGAGCUCUGCUUUAUGAUACCUAAGGCUGUCAGGUCACAAGAAAACAACACCGCGGACCACCGAGUAACAGACGUUAGACGAGGUCUGUUUUCUAUAGAUGAGUUCCGUUAUUUGAAUGUGCCUCGAGUUGGAAUUUUCUCGGUGCACGAUGACUUGGAGUGUACCAUGAGAUGCCUUCAACAUCCUUCUUGUAUUUCUGUGAACUUGGCCCUCGAAAUAAGACUGUGGUGCGAGUUAUUGUCAUCUGAUAAGUACAGCAACCCCAAGGAAUUCAGACAAAACGAAAGCUCAUAUCACUAUCACAUCGUGAACAUGUGUGCUGACAAUCCUUGCGCGAACAACGCCACUUGUCGAAGCAGUUUUACAGACAAACUUUAUCAGUGUCUAUGUCCUGCCGGAUACAAAGGUCCGAGGUGCCAAACAGACAUCGAUGAGUGUGCCAAAGGGAUUCACAAUUGCAGUCCCCAUGCCUUUUGCAACAAUACCAAAGGGUCUUACUACUGCGCAUGCAAGCCCGGAUUCACUGGGAAUGGCCGAGGAUGCAAAGAAGCUACUUCGUGUAAAGAAAUUUAUGACAAGGAUAUAACCAAUGUGAGUGGUGUGGUUACCCUUCUUGUUGACUCCCAACCAUUGUCCGUUUUUUGUCACAUGGGAAAUUUUGGGUGUGGAGAUGGAGGAUGGACGCCAGUCAUGAAAAUUGACGGCAGAGAGAAAACCUUCCGUUUUGAAAAAUCUUACUGGACUGAUAAAAACGAGUACAACCCUUCAGGAGGAGAGACUGGGUUUGACGAACAAGAAUCAAAGCUACCCACCUACUGGAACACAUCCUUCUCCAAGAUCUGUCUUGGAAUGAAGAUCAACCAAAAGCUCAGAUUUAUUGUUGUCAACAGGCUGGCUGACUCUCUGCACUCAAUAAUUGCUGAUGGCCAAUACCGAAGCACGUCGCUGGGUCGUGACGGGUGGAAAAAGUUGAUUGGCAGCAACGCCUCUUUACAGCACAACUGUAACAAGGAAGGAUUCAAUGCCUUUAGUGGUCGAACUGAUCGUUCUAAAGUCAGAAUUGGUAUUGUUAGCAAUGACCAGAACGACUGCCACUCGUGUGACUCUUUGAUUGGAUUUGGUACGGGAAGUCACCUUAAUAACGCAAAAUCUUGUGGAAACGAGGCACCGAAUGGAACUUCAGAUAAUGGACACAAGAGUAUCAAAGCCAUGGGGUACAUAUUGGUGCAAUAA